AUGGAAGAGUUUAAAUCGGUGGCGCGUGAGUGCCUAAGUCGCGGUGAUGCGCACAUCCCAGACUCGCGGCUGGAUAAUGUCGUCGUCCCCAAGGAAUUGGACCGUUUAUGGGACACCAUUUCAGCCCACAAGGACAACGACAAUGCAACUGCAUCUGAGAACUUGUAUCUCACUCGGGAGUUCCUGAGACUUCGGACCUCCAAUGAAUUAUCAGAGCCUGAUGUUGCCGCAGCAAAUCACAUCUAUGCCUGGGCGAGUAGGCAUGCUCUUCCAUCGGCAGUGUACGCGGACUCUAUGGAAGAGCCCAGUGAAGAGAAGAACGCUCUUAUGCAUGAAGAUAAGCUGCGAUCAUCACUCGCAAUAUCAGUGAUUGCGGCCUUGGACUCUCUAUUUCCAGUGCAUAAAGCAGCAGACGUGCCAAACAUCAUCCUCGCACUGGCAAGCUUCACUUCCGAUGCAGACCCGUGGACAACAGCCGAGUCACACACGGCGUCCAUUGCCAUUCUUGAAAGGUUUUGCACAUCACCCCCGACACCAGAGGCAUCCUUCUGGGUUGUCCUUGAAACCAUCCUCAAGGACAGAAUCCGACCUCUCUUCACGAGGACCAGGAACCCCGCCAUCACAGCAGCAGGUCGCAAGGACAUGCACCCCAUCCCUCUUCCCAGAUUUGAUACCAGCAUUCUUGACCCUGAGUCGAAACCAUGGCGAUCAUCAGACGUCUACGCGACGACAGUCUUUGCCUGGAUUUUAAGACAAUAUCAGGCGCCAGACAUCAACCGUCUGGAAUCCCACUUCCCCCUUCUCGUCCCAUCCAUCCUCGCCUUAAUUGAUGAUGAAACCAACCCCAACAAAACCGACGGCUGCACUCUUCUCACCCAUCUCCUGCGACCCAUCCAGCAAGCCAAAUCCGAUAUUCUGAAGCGAACCAACCUCUCAUCUGUCUUCAUCGAUGCCAUCAAACCAUGUCUCCUUUCCCUACCCACCAUAACCCCUGAACCCGACUCCAUCCGUCUUCUAAGCACAGCCUAUCCAACCCUCUUUCUACUCCUCAAAACCAGCUAUUCACCCAAGGAUAAGCAAACCUACACCACCGAGCUAACAAAAGUCCUUCGCGAGAACCUCAUCCCCUCCUUCCACCACAUUAGCACCCUGACGCCUUCUAGCGGGACACAAUCUACGCUAUCCUCGUUCCCGCACCCGAAAUUGUCUACUCUUCUAUUAAACAAGAUACACGAUAGUCUCUUCGAUCUCGCAGUACACACAACAAAGUACCUACAGGAAAUCAUCCCACUCAUCUACAGUACGCUGUCUAAUCCCUUCGGGACGGCGUAUCCACCUCUCCUAUUGGCAGGAGUGGCUGUUACUAGAGCUGUGAUUUUGAAUGCACACCCGAGGAUUUGGCGCUGGAGAGGGGAGAUCCUGGGAGCCGUGGCGGCAUGUUGGCUUACCGUGGCUGAUGAGGAGGCUGCGGAGCGAGGGAAAGAGGAUGAAAAGGAAGAGUUGAUUAAACUGAAGAUGCAGCUGAAAGGAGUGGUCUACUUGCUGAGGAUGGUUUUGGAGAAUCCAGAUGAGGAGAUCGCUAAGGAUGACGAGGUGAUUGAAGCGAAGGAGGGAUUUGCGAAGGAGGUGGAGGAGCUAGUUGGUGCCGAUGAGGCAUUGAGGGAGUUGCUGCUUGGGGAAGUAGAUGGGAAGGAUGGAAUGUAUUUUGGUUGA